UAGGGAUGCAGCGCGCGCUCAGCGCAGCCUGAAAAUGGCAAACCUUUGGAUUUAUCCGUCCCUUCUUUUCUUUCUCUUUCCCUCCCUAACACCGAGUCAAGCCUUACGGAAUUACCCAGAGAAUGAAGUUACAUUGCUGGACACAAUGUCUGCUCUGGGAGACCUUGGCUGGGAGGCCUACCCAGCAGAAGGGUGGGAGGAAAUCAGUGUGAUGGAUGAAAGGAACACCCCCAUGCGCUCCUACCAGGUGUGUAACGUGAUGGAGGCUAAUCAGAACAACUGGCUUCGCACACGCCACAUCCCACGAGAUGGAGCGCAACGCGUCUACAUCGAAAUUAAAUUCACCCUCCGUGACUGCAACAGUCUGCCUGGAGUCCCUGGCACCUGCAAAGAAACUUUCAACAUGUACUACUACGAGUCCAACAACCCAAACCUUUGGUUUAUCAAGGAGAGCCAGUAUGUAAAGAUCGACACCAUCGCAGCCGAUGAAAGCUUCACACAGACUGACGUUGGUGAUCGUGUUAUGAAACUGAACACAGAAGUGCGGGACAUCAGUAACUUGAGCAAGAAAGGUUUCUACCUGGCUUUCCAAGACGUUGGGGCUUGCAUUGCUUUGGUGUCAAUGCGAGUUUUUUAUAAGAAGUGUCCUCUUGCAAUUCUCAACUUGGCCCAGUUUCCCGACACAGUUACGGGUGGAGAUUCUGCUUUGGUGGAGGUGCGAGGAUCAUGCGUGAAUGACUCGGAGGAGUUUGAGGCACCAAGAAUGUACUGUAGUGGCGAUGGUGGAUGGCUGGUGCCAAUUGGACGCUGCGUUUGCAAGCCAGGCUUUGAAGAGAACAAGGACUACUGUCAACCCUGUAGGCUGGGCACCUACAAGGCCUCUUCGUUGGAUACAUACUGCACCAAGUGUCCUCCUCACAGUUAUUCCCAUCAGGAGAAGGUGUCCGAGUGCUCCUGCGAAAAGGGAUUUUACAGAGCCAUCAUGGACCCACGGUCAAUGGCGUGCACAAGGCCUCCAUCUGCACCAGAAAACCCAAUAUCCACCCUGAACGACACCUCUGUGACUUUAGAAUGGAGUCCUCCAAUAGACAGCGGCGGGAGAGGGGAUGUCACCUACAGCGUCAACUGCAGGAAGUGUGCCAGCAAUGGCAAGAUGUGCAGCCCCUGCAGCAACAGCGUGCAUUUCAUUCCCAGGCAGUUUGGACUCUCGAUUCCUAAAGUGCUGAUCACAGACCUGCUGUCCAACACUAACUACACCUUCAGCAUAGAGGCUGUAAAUGGGGUGUCUGAUCUGAGCCCGACUCCAAAACAGGAAGUCACUGUCAACAUCACCACCAGUCAGACAGUGAAUGUAAUUCUGAAGGAGAGAAAAAGCAAAGACAGUAUCACACUGGCAUGGCAGGGACCCAACAGACCCAAUGGAGUGAUUGUGGAAUAUGAGGUCAUCUACUAUGAGAAGAACCAGAGAGAUCAGAACUACACGGUUCUGAAGACCAAAGGCCACAUGAUGACAGUGGAGGGACUAAAGCCGGGCACCAUCUAUGUGUUCAGAGUGAGGGCACGCACCGACGGAGGCUACGGCAACUACGGUGGAGAGAUAGAGCUGGAGACCAGUCAUGAAGAUAUGCUGGCCAUUGGUGAUCCAAACCAAUCCACUAUCCUGGCGGUGUCCAUUGCUGGUGGCAUUGUGCUGCUUAUCUUCCUGGUGGCCUGUUUUGUAGUGAGUGGAAGACAUUGUGGAUACAUCAAAGCCAAGCAAGAUCCAGAUGAGGAAAAAAUGCAGUUUCACAACGGGAGAGUAAAACUGCCAGGAAGCAGGACGUACAUUCACCCCCACACUUACGAGGACCCAACACAAGCCGUCCGAGAUUUUGCCAAGGAAAUCGAUGCCUCCAAUAUAUGCAUAGAGAGAGUUAUAGGGGCCGGUGAGUUCGGGGAGGUUUGCAGUGGACGUCUGAAGCUCCCAAGCAAGAGAGAGAUCUACGUGGCCAUCAAAAGUCUAAAGGCAGGAUACUCAGAGAAGCAGAGGCGGGACUUCCUGAGCGAGGCCAGCAUCAUGGGCCAGUUCGACCACCCAAACAUUAUUAGACUCGAGGGAGUCGUUACCAGAUGCAAGCCUGUGAUGAUUAUUACAGAGUACAUGGAGAAUGGAUCUUUGGAUUCUUUUCUAAAGAAUCAUGAUGGGCAGUUCACAAUCAUUCAGUUGGUGGGCAUGAUGCGUGGUAUCGCUUCAGGAAUGCAGCAUCUGUCUGACAUGAGCUACGUCCACCGUGACCUGGCAGCACGCAACAUCCUGGUCAACAGUAACCUGGUGUGUAAAGUGUCUGACUUUGGCCUGUCCAGAGUGUUAGAGGAUGAUCCUGAAGCUGCAUACACCACACGGGGUGGAAAAAUUCCUAUUCGAUGGACAGCCCCAGAGGCUAUAGCGUACAGGAAGUUCACCUCAGCGAGCGACAUUUGGAGUUAUGGCAUCGUCAUGUGGGAGGUUAUCUCAUAUGGAGAGAGGCCUUACUGGGAGAUGUCUAAUCAAGACGUCAUAAAAGCUAUAGAUGAGGGUUACAGGCUUCCAGCUCCAAUGGACUGCCCGGUGGUUCUCCAUCAACUGAUGCUGGACUGCUGGGAGAAGAGUAGAAGUGAACGACCCAAAUUUGGGCAGAUUGUCAACACCCUUGACAACCUGAUUCGCAACCCCAACAGCCUGAAAGAGCUGGCCAACAGCUCAGUGUGGGAAGAUCCCACCACCCCUGAAAUCAGUGUGAGUACGGUGGAUGAAUGGCUAGAUGCCGUCAGUAUGGGCCAGUACAAAGAGAACUUUGCCACUGCGGGCUAUGUUUCUCUAGACUCUAUACUAUACAUCAGCUUGAGUGAGUUAAGCAAGAUGGGCGUCACUCUGGUCGGUCACCAGAAGAAGAUUCUCUCCAGCAUCCAGAGUUUGCACGCACAAGGGACACAUGUGCAGGUAUAACAGGCCUUCUCCAGCACCUUCCACAGCCUGAGGGAAUUCAGACUGAGAUAGUUAGCCACGGCUCCCAGAACAGUUCCUAUCCGCAGCUUCACCAUGCACUUCCCACCCUGGAUCUUUCAGCAUAUGAUCCAUUGUCAGCACUCCGGCUUCCGUCCAUGCAUGUCCAAGCUUCCUCUGAGCAGAGGGACACUGAGACUGAUCUGCAAUCGCUUGACAAGGCCAAGACAUAUCAGAUCAGCAUACAGAUUUUAAAAACACGAAAUGUAAAAGUGAAACAUAAACAGGAACAAAAAUACAUUUGCGGAAAAUUCACAGCUUGUGUUUCUACAAAUGCAUUCCAUAUAUGACAUAUUUUGCAUUUCAGAGGUUGAACUGUUAUUCAGAUAAAAAGGAGGGGUGUUGUUUAUUUUUUAACGUCCAUAUGGGAGAAUGUAGUAGAAUAUCAUCUAUGAGCCACUGUCAAAUAACAGAUGUUCAUAGUAUAUUUAUUUAGUCAUAUUUGAGUCAAUGUUUGGACUGAUGGCUUCUCACCAGGAUGCAGCAUCAAAUAUUCAUCCAAAACGGGCAACAGUAGUUUGUAUUGCACCAGCUAAUGGAUGCAUUGCUUCGAUCCAUCGGAGACAGUGGGGGAAAAGUCUGAAGCUAUGCCUGCAAACAACAACACAGGCGAGCGAGGGAUUGCAAGAUAAGAGCAUCGCUUUUUAACUCUAUUAAGCUGAGAACAAGCUGCUCUUCACUCAUUGUAGUUUUCCUUGUGUUGCUUUGAAUAAUGAGUAUCAGAGCUUUUCAAACACAGGUCUAGAUACUGUAGAUCUUAGAGCAAAAUGAAAAUUGAACUUUUAUUUCUGUCGAUUUGCUUCAAAGAUUCCAGGUGAAUUCAGGACAAACCUUUUAUCGCUGCAGUCCAUGGUUUGGUUUACUGGGGCAGAAUAAAACAUUUUGUACAUCAGAUUCACUGAUUUCCACUGAAAACAACUUUGAAAGUCAUUAUGAAGUGGUAGAGAUAUUCAUGUGCUCUCCGUCUCGUGCACAUCAUGCACCAUGUUCACAUCAUCCUUACGUUUACACUUGUGUAGCUAUAGUGCGUGACAACCACAACAUAUACUAUUGUACUAUAGUGUAUAAAAUGUACAGUGUUGAUAAAAAAAACAAAGUAAAAAAAAAAAUAGAAUAUUUGUAAUGACAUACUUUUAUCUAGUAUGAAGAGGUAAAAGUUGUCAUGUUGUGUUAUCACCACCAUUUGCCGAUGUGCGAUAAUAACUGAUCUCUGGAAUGUAGCAUGGAUUCUAAGCUUCAUCUUUUGAUUGACAGGUGACAGUGACUGCAAUUUUUUUUCACUCAAGUGGUGCCGUUAGCUGCUUGACUUUAGAUGCCUUAUUAACUGUGCGGUUCUCUCUCUUUUCUCGUCCUCCCCACUAGAGACAUUAUCAUGAAGUAUAAUGUGUAUAGUAUUUAUCAUUGCAUUACUGAGUAACUCAAGCUCGAUAUUAAAGCCCAGCUCAACAGUUUGGUUUUGCUGUUUUCGGAAGUAUAGAAAUGUGUUGGAUCCUCUGCUUUCUUACAGGAAGUGUACAUGUGGUAUAGGGACUGAGAGAGACGUUUGUGAAUCUAUUUGACUGAACUUAAUUCCUUAUGCUAACUUUAUUGAAACUGAUUUUCUGCACUAUAAAUUUUUGUACUAGUGAGGUUGUUCUGUAAAGUAGAAGUCUACCAGUUUUAUUUAAAUAUAUACAUAAAUAAGACUGAAAGUUAUGGUACAGAGAGAUAUUCAUACAAUCUGUUGUCUUUUAAAUCAAGAUGCCCCAAUGUAAUUUCAAAUUGUAAUUUCUUUUAUAUCACAAUUGGGUUUCAAUAGUUUAGUACAUCACUCUAACUAAUUUUUUCAUGUUACUUGUGGGAAAUCUGUGGAAUUAAGCCAACUGGAUGUAUAUAUGGUAAAUCAGAGCUGAAUUUUCUGCACUUGAAAGUAAUUUAUUCAAAACCUUUAUUAUGAGUUUAAAUGAUAAAAAUAUGUUUGUAUUCAUGGAAAUCUGUGGAAUUCUGUGGCAACACAUUCAAUAUGGGCUUAUUAAGCGCACAGGACCACAGUUCCUUCCUUCAAAGUGCAUUUUUCUAUGUUAUUUUUUCAUGAUCUAAAGGAAAAUUCUUCAUCAUCUGUCAUUAGAGGAUGCAUAACAGGAUCAUUUAAUUAAAAUGGUAAAAUUCCUGAAACAGCAUAUUCAUAAAGACUAUGAUAUAAGGCCCCUUUAGUUUCCCUAAUUAAAGCAGUAAUGACAAUUUUAAAUGUGUUGUUUUCACUAUUACAGCAGUUUUUGUAUUGCACCAGCUAAUGGAUGCAUUGCUUCGAUCCAUCGGAGACAGUGGGGGAAAAGUCUGAAGCUAUGCCUGCAAACAACAACACAGGCGAGCGAGGGAUUGCAAGAUAAGAGCAUCGCUUUUUAACUCUAUUAAGCUGAGAACAAGCUGCUCUUCACUCAUUGUAGUUUUCCUUGUGUUGCUUUGAAUAAUGAGUAUCAGAGCUUUUCAAACACAGGUCUAGAUACUGUAGAUCUUAGAGCAACACAUUCAAUAUGGGCUUAUUAAGCGCACAGGACCACAGUUCCUUCCUUCAAAGUGCAUUUUUCUAUGUUAUUUUUUCAUGAUCUAAAGGAAAAUUCUUCAUCAUCUGUCAUUAGAGGAUGCAUAACAGGAUCAUUUAAUUAAAAUGGUAAAAUUCCUGAAACAGCAUAUUCAUAAAGACUAUGAUAUAAGGCCCCUUUAGUUUCCCUAAUUAAAGCAGCAAUGACAAUUUAGAGUGACGUACUAAACCAUUGAAACCCAAUUGUUUUUGUUUUAAUUUUUUAUUCAUGCAUAUCUUAAGAGAUAAAAAAAAGCUUCCUUAAACAAUCGAGUUUAUAUUUCAUUUUAAAGAAAUUAAUCUAAUAAACUGAAUCUAUGUGUGAUACAAAAGGAUAUAAUUAAUUCCUUUUUUAUGAAUCUCGUUUUAAAUUCUAUCUAGGGAGUUAACAUGCUGAUGUAGCAAAAUUGGCUGUAUGCAAGAGAUACAUGUGAAGGUACAUGUUCCCAUCGAAACUACAAUAAAAAGUAAUGAUGAUGAUGUCACUUUUAAUAAUCAUCAAUAAAACAUAAGAUCCAAUCUCUGCUACUGCAACGUUAAUAAAAACCCAUGUCAAAUUUCAAAUUUUUUAAAUAAAUAAAUAAAGAAAAUAAAUCUGCUAAUUAAAGAAAUAUCUACAGUAUAUACUCUAUGCGCUCACCAAAUUAAUCAGGCAGAUGGUUGUGUGACUAAACAGUGUUAGUGGCUGGAUGUGGAAUGUUGUUAAUAUAAUGAAACCUGCUUAUACAUUUUUUAUCAAGAUAUUGUCUUUUUUUUCUGCCCUGGCUCUGUACAUCCAUUGUGGCUCAUCCAUUGUGAGAUGACUUCUGUUCUUUUGUAAGCUACAUGCCCAUCUCUCCUCACACUGCAGGUUUCUAUGAACUCGCAAAGGUGGACGCAUUGAGAUUAUUCAUGUUGCUGUAAUAAAUGCUAAUAUUUUUAA